UUUCUAGAAACCAAGAUUUUGAUAAUAGAUCAGAAAUAUCCAUACAUGUACAACAAACUGAAAGGCAUGAUUUAGAUAUGAGAUCAGAAUAUGAUAGUGGGUCUGGAGGUAGUCCAGUUAGACAACCCGAUGAUGAUUGUAUUCUACAAAAUGACACUGUAAAUAAUAAUCGUAAAUGUGAACGAUUUAUUAAACAUGUUGUAAACUCAAAUGAAGGUUUUUCAUUAAAUGACAAUAUUGAGUCUGAUCAAGGACAGGCAGUCAAUAAGAAUGUUAACUUUUUAGCAAAAAUAUUUAAGGAAGAUAUUGCUAAAGAAAAAUCUAGUCUUGGAUUAGUAUUAGACCAGACACAGGUAGACAUUUUAGAAAGUUCUUGGCGUUCAAAACACCCAGAAAGAAUUUCUGCCUAUAAAGAGGAAUACAAGAGUGUUUUCCCUAUUCAUGAUAGUUCAGUUGAGUUUUUGCAAGUUCCAAAAUUAGAUGACUUACUUGAACCCAUGUUAAGACAGACACACGGUGAAAAAGCAGUUAAAUCUUGGGACAAUCACAGGCAACUGCAUACACAACCUCUAAGACAGAUAGAGAAAUUGGGUUUUCAAGGGCAACUCAGUGCAAGAAUGAACAUAAUUUCUGUUCUUUAUAUGCAACAAGCUCUAGGUUCACUUGUACAAACUCUUGAGAGUGAUGACUUCGAGAAAGAUAAAGUUUGUCAAACUGUAAAAGAUGUUUUUGCCAUGUCUACUAAAACACUUGACCAAGCAGGCCGUACAGGUGCCUUUUUACAUUUGGUCCGUAGGCAAGCUUCCGCUCAAGAUUCAGGGUUAACAGGCUUGAAAGAUAUGAGCAAUAAAUGCCAAUAUUUGCCACUCACAAAUGAUGGGGUAUUUGGUAAAGGUCUAGAAAUAGCGUUAGAAAAACGCAAAGAGCAAAAAGACCAACUCUCUGAUCUGUUACCAGAGUUCAACAGAAAGAGAAAACUUGAAAACUAUGCUCGUGAGAAGGGAAACAUUAAGGUUUCCAGAUCUAGUUCAUCAGGUGGGCAAAACAUUAAGAACAAUAAUUAUAAUGUGAAAUCAAAUUCUAAUGCAACUAGUACAUUUCCCAACUAUAGGAAACCUGCACAGAAUUUUCAGAAAGACAAGUCAGCAUCAGCACCUAGACAGAGUGGACAAGAUGCAAACAAGACCGGCUUCAAGUCUGGCUUCAAGUCUGGCAAGAGUGCUACACAGUCCUCAUGGGGUUCUUUUCGGAACCCCAAGGGAAGAGAUAGCUGACUCAGAAGAUGAUGACUAGUAGUAUCCUGUAAAUAGUUUGUUUGUUUUUUGGUGGAAGUUUUUAAUGUUUGACAGUAUUUUAAAAAGAACUGUUUUUGGUGUUUUCGGAGGAAUGUUUUUGAUUCAUAUCCAAGAAAUUUAUCCUCCACCUGCAAAGAACUGCUUGUUAAUCAGUGAGUAUUCUAUAUUUAUAAUAGUAACUCAUGGUAAGUAUAUUUAACCAAAUUCAUAUAAAAUGGUAAUUUUUGAAAUCUCAAGAAGAGAUUUUAUAUGAAUUUAUAGGGUUAAAUAUACUUACCAGGAACCACCGCCACCCCAAAUAAAUUUCUUUUUGGUGUAUAUUGGUUUGCCAAUUAAACGCCAAAUAAAACUGAUCUUACCUUGAAUCGAGUGAGUAGAUUUCAUAACAUACCGGAUGUUUAAAGAUCUCGGUCUCCUCGAUGUUUUUGCGAUUGGGAACAUACUAAAACGCGGAACGUAUUCUAUAUUUAUAAUAGUAACUCAUGGUA